ACUCAUCUGCUCCUUUGUUGUCUCUCAGUCCCACAGGUGGAGGUGGAGGCAGGAGAGAAGUCUGUCCUGCUGCCCUGCAGAACCAGAGAUAACCUGCCUGGAGAUGCUAGAGUGGAGUGGAAGGAUGGAGAAAAUGAUACAGUCCAUGUUUAUAAGAACGGUUCUGAUCAGUCUAAAAAACAGGAUGAGUUCUACAGCAAAAGAACCAAGAUGAAUGAAGACCUGCUGAGAACUGGAGACCUCAGUCUGACUCUGAGCUACCCAACAGAUAAAGACAGUAACAUCUUCACCUGCAGAGUCUACAGCAAGGAGGGAAACAUCCUGAUGAGGAAACAAGUUCAGCUAAAGGUCAAAGGUCAGUGCUAUAGGUCCAGGAUGUUUCUCAUUUUACAUCCUUGUCUGUCUUCCAUAUCUGUUAAACAUCGUCACCCUCGGUUCAAGUUCCUUUUCAACCCUAAGAAAACAUCAAGGCAAGUAUCCUCAGAGCACCUGGAUGUGUUCUGGUCUUGCCCAAUUUAUUUGAGGAUGGAUUCUGUGGACUUGGUUAAGGUGAAGGAGGGGGCGAAUUCUGUCACACUGCCAUUCAAGACAACACCUGAUCUGCCAGGAGAUACUGUGGUUAGGUGGUUGGACAAAAGAGACAACAAGGUCUAUGUCGUUAAGAAUGGUAAAGAUCAGGCGAAAGUACAAGAGGACUACAGAGGUAGAGCCAAGAUGAAAGAUGACCCACUGAACACUGGAGACCUCAGUCUGAUUCUGAUGAAGCCCACAAAGAAAGACAGUGGAAGGUACUAUUGUGGAGUCCACCACCAGGACAUCAGGAGAAAGCCUCUGUCUCCUCAUUACAAACAGCUGUGGACCAAGUAG